GACGAUGUCCAUGUCCCAAAAUGGGUGCACUUCAAGAAAAUGAAGUUUUUGUCCGGUGGUGCACCGGAAGCUCCAAGUGAGUCGACUGCCGAGGCGCCUGAAGCAGUACAUGCUUCCCAAGAGGAUAUGGAUUCCUGCCACGUGCCCGAUGACUACAGGUCCGAAGACGAAAGUCCACCACCUGAGGCACCGGCCAAAAGGAGCCGCCGUCACAGCACGGAGGAACUGGCGACAAACAAGGCGGCACUGCUGCAGGCAGCUGUAAACAGCCUCAAGUCUGCCAGGGAGGUGGAGCCUGAUGAGUGUCGGGGCUUUGGCCUGAUGAUGGAGGUGCUUGCUCGGACGAUACCAAGGGGUACCAGCAGGCAGCUGGGCAUGCUUGCCGCGCAUAAGGCCCUCGUGGAAGCAGCCAUAUCUUCACAGGUCGUUGUGGUGGCUGCGCCAGAAUAAAGGAAGUCUCCAUAUGAGCUCUCUUCAUGUUUACUUGUUGAGUAGUACAA